CUCCAGAGUAGCUAGGAUUAUAGGCAUGAGCCACCGGUGCCCUGUUUAAAAGACACUGUUGUUUUAGACAUGAGCUUAGCUGGGAAGACAAACAGGACUACAGGUACAUAGAGUUCCUGUUAAUGUUACUUAUAAACUUGGGAAUUUUAAUAAAAGAUCAAAGUGAUCAUACAUCUUUUAAUGUGGGGCAUAAGAAUGAAAAAAAAAAGUAUAACCUUCAGAACAAAAAAUUUACUAAACAUGACCACUAAUGAGGUUUGUAGAGACAUGAUUAUUUGGAAUAACCUAGCACCUACAUUAAGUUGGGUUCACUAGUCGGACUCAUUAGAGCAACGAAUUUACAACUCACUUGCCCAGAGCUUCCCGCUUCUCUCAAUCCAGGCUUCUGCUGCCAGGAAAUUCUAACAUGUGACAACAGGGGUGUUAAUCAUUUUCCCAGGGGGCAAGCUUAGUCACAAGUUUCUUCUAAAAGUGAAAUCACUUCCCUUAGGUUUAAAUAGAGUUAAAACUUUUUUCCCCUCCAUGAACAUUACAGUUUCUCUCUACAGUUUCCUUCUAAUUUAACUAUCUGGAAAUUUGUUGGGCAAUUCUUUUUAUAGCAUUCUUUCCAUGAGUGACUCCCACAAGCGGGGGUUUAUCUGAUUGUGUGGUGUAUGGAGGCUUCUAGAUAAAUCUCAAUGUCCAAAGACUAAGUCAAGUUUAUUCUGGCUGUAGUGAUGAAGAGGAAAUCCUGGAUUGAAGGAGUAUUCAGCAAGAGAGAAUGUAGUAAAUUCAUACCCAGUUCAAAAGACCCUCACAGAUGUACACCGGGCUGCCAAGUCUGUCAGAACUUAGUCAGAUGCCACUGUGGACGAUUGAGUCAAGACCAUCAAGGGAAAGAUUAUCCCUGGACCCUCCCAGCUGCCAGUGUUAAUGAGAAUGAACUAUGGUCUGUUGAAAAACACACGGUGAAAAGCCCCACAGAUAGCUUUGGCACCAUUAAUUUCCAAGAUGGAGAGCAUAUCUACCAUUCCAAGUAUAUUAGAACUUCUUAUGAUACCAAAUUGGACCAUCUGUUACAUUUGAUGUUGAAUGAGUGGAAGAUGGAGCUGCCAAAGCUUGUGAUUUCUGUCCAUGGGGGGCUCCAGAACUUCAAGAUGCCCUCCAAGCUUAAAGAGACCUUCAGUCAGGGUUUGGUCAAAGCUGCAGAGACAACUGGAGCAUGGAUAAUAACAGAAGGCAUCAACUCAGGAGUAUCCAAACAUGUUGGGGAUGCCCUGAAAGCCCAUGCCUCCAAGUCCUUGAGGAAAAUCUGGACAGUUGGCAUUCCCCCUUGGGGUGUCAUUGAAAACCAGAGAGAUCUUAUUGGAAAAGAUGUGGUGUGCAUGUACCAGACACUGGGGAACCCCCUCAGCAAGCUCACCACCCUCAACUGCAUGCACUCACACUUCAUCCUGUCCGAUGAUGGCACUGUGGGAAAAUAUGGAAAUGAAAUGAAGCUCAGGAGAAGCCUGGAAAAGUACAUCUCACUGCAGAAAAUACACAGCCGAUCACGACCAGGGGUGCCUGUGGUGGGGCUCGUGGUAGAAGGAGGCCCCAACAUCAUCCUGUCGGUGUGGGAGACUGUGAGGAACAAAGACCCUGUGGUGGUAUGUGAAGGCUCGGGCCGAGCAGCUGACCUCCUGGCCUUCACUCAUAAACACUUAACAGACGAAGGGAUGCUGCGUCCGCAGGUGAAAGAUGGGAUCAUCAGCAUGAUUCAAAGCAUGUUCAACUUCAGCCUCAAACAGUCCAAGCACCUUUUCCACAUUGUAAUGGAGUGUAUGGCAUACAGGGAUUCUAUUACUAUAUUCGAUGCAGAUUCUGAAGAGCAGCAAGACCUUGACUUAGCAAUUCUGACAGCUCUGCUGAAGGGCACAAACUUAUCAAUAUCAGAACAAUUAAACCUGACAAUGGCUUGGGACAGAAUGGACAUUGCCAAGAAACACAUCCUAACCUAUGGGCAACAUUGGAAGCAUGGUGCACUAGAGCAAGCAAUGCUAGAUGCUUUAGUGAUGGAUCGAGUAGAUUUUGUGAAGCUCUUAAUAGAAAGUGGAGUGAAUCUCCAUCGAUUUCUAACGAUCCAGCGACUAGAAGAGCUCUAUAACACAAAACAAGGCCCAACUAAUAUGUUCUUGCGUCACCUUGUCCAAGAUGUGAAACAGCACACCCUUCUCUCAGGCUACAGAAUAACACUCAUCGACAUUGGAUUGGUUAUAGAAUACCUCAUUGGUGGAGCAUAUCGCAGCAGCUACACAAGAAAAAAUUUCAGAGUUCUCUACAACAACCUCCACAGAAAGCAUAAGAGAGUGACCAGCUUUGCCCAGAGCCUUUGCCAGCACCGAGUUCACCAGCAGCACACCUCAGAAAACAGAACCGAGUCCUCAGGAAGCACGCAGAGCACUCUGCGUUCCCAGUUCUUUCGGACAGCUCAGCCCUACAAAUCCAAGGAAAAGUUGGGACUCCCUCAUAAAUCAAGGAAGAAGUCAAAAGAAACACAACACAUAGAGGACCCUGAGUUGACUGGCUUUAUCUACCCAUACAAUGACCUGCUGGUCUGGGCUGUGCUAAUGAAGAGGCAGAAGAUGGCCAUGUUCUUUUGGCAACAUGGUGAAGAGGCCACGGUCAAGGCAGUGAUUGCCUGUAUCCUUUACAGAGCCAUGGCCCGGGAAGCUAAAGAGAGCAAUAUGGUAGAUGACACUUCUGAAGAACUGAAAAAUUAUUCAAAGCAGUUUGGCCAGCUGGCCUUGGAUGUGCUAGAGAAGGCAUUCAAGCAGAAUGAGCCAAUGGCUAUGAAGCUGCUGACCUAUGAACUCAAGAACUGGAGCAAUUCUACCUGCUUGAAACUGGCCGCAUCUGGAGGACUGCGCCCCUUUGUAUCUCAUUCCUGUACCCAAAUGCUGCUGACAGACAUGUGGAUGGGGCGCCUGAAAAUGAGGAAAAACUCCUGGUUGAAGAUCAUCAUAAGUAUUCUCCUGCCACCGACCAUUUUGACCUUGGAAUUUAAAAGCAAAGCUGAGAUGUCUCAUGUCCCUCAGUCCCAGGAUUUCCAGUUUACCUGGUAUUACGGUGACCAAAACCUUAACACCACCAAGGAAACUGCUUAUGUGAAUGACUGUGACUUGGAAAAGGGUCUCGAUGAGAAAUUGGAUGAAAACCAGCACUUUCAUGUGAGGAAUAGACCCCAAGGCCUUCCCUGGACUAGGAAAGUCUAUGAAUUCUACAGUGCUCCCAUUGUCAAGUUUUGGUUUUACACGAUGGCAUAUUUGGCCUUCCUCAUGCUGUUCACUUAUACUGUACUGGUGGAGAUGCAGCCCCAGCCCAGUGCCCAGGAGUGGCUUGUAAUCAUUUACAUCUUCACCAACGCUGUGGAGAAAGUGAGGGAGAUCUGUAUUUCAGAACCUGAAAAAUUUACUCAGAAAGUAAAGGUGUGGAUUAGUGAGUACUGGAAUCUGAUGGAAACAGUGGCUAUUGGCCUGUUUUCCGUUGGUUUUUGCCUUCGGUGGGGUCUCCCUCCAUGGCACACAGUGGGGCGACUCAUCUAUUGCAUCAACAUCAUCUUUUGGUUCUCAAGGCUUAUGGAUUUCUUUGCUGUCAAUCAACAUGCUGGUCCAUAUGUGACCAUGAUUGCCAAAAUGGCAGGAAACAUGUUCUACAUUGUGAUCAUAAUGGCCAUCGUCCUGUUAAGCUUUGGGGUGGCGCGCAAAGCCAUCCUUUCGCCAAAAGAGCCUCUGUCUUGGAGCCUUGCUAGAGAUGUCGUAUUUGAGCCAUAUUGGAUGAUAUAUGGAGAAGUCUAUGCUUCUGAGAUCAUUGUUUGUACAGAUGAUACUUCCUGCCCUCCCGGGUCUUUCCUCACGCCGUUCCUGCAAGCUGUUUACCUCUUUGUGCAGUACAUCAUCAUGGUGAACCUGCUGAUUGCUUUCUUCAACAAUGUGUACGUAGAUAUGAAGUCCAUUUCCAACAAGCUGUGGAAGUACAAUCGCUAUCGCUACAUUAUGACUUACCACGAGAAACCCUGGCUGCCCCCACCCUUCAUCCUCCUCAGCCACCUGUGCCUCCUCCUGCGAGGGCUGUGCUGUCAACGACGGUCACGUGGCCAGGACCAGAGCGAUAUGGGCCUCAAACUAUAUCUAAGUAAGGAGGAUCUGAAAAAGCUUCAUGACUUUGAAGAGCAAUGUGUGGAAAAAUACUUCCACGAGAAGGCAGAAGGUCUGAAUUGUAGUUUUGAGGAACAGAUCCGAGUGACAUCAGAAAGGGUUACAGAGAUGUACUUCCACCUGAAGGAAAUGAAUGAGAAAGUGACUUUUAUCAAGGACUCCCUGCUGAGCUUGGACAGCCAGGUGGGACACCUCCAGGACCUGUCCGCCCUGACCGUGGACACCCUGAAAGUCCUCUCUGUGGUGGACAGCUUGCAGGAGGACAAGGCUCUGCUGGGGAAUGCUAGGCACUCAGCUGGCAGAAAACUUCCUCACAGCUGGAACAACUUGGUCUGUGCCCAGUUUCUCAGCAGCCCUGAGAUCUCUGAAGGGAAGAAAUUCCAGUAUUAUAGCAUGCCCCCCUCUUUGCUGCGGAGUCUAAUGAGAAGCCAGCUUCCCCCCAGACCACAGAGGGGGUCCUUUCUUGAGAUUACUCCCACUCCAAAAGAGACCUCCAAUGGAAGAGAUGGCCAAGUGGAGCAAGAAACAGAAAAAAGCACAAUUGCUUCUGGGGUGUCCUCAAACAGGCAAGCACCCUCUAAGUAUGGCCAGUUUCUCCUGGUCCCCUCUUAUUCAAAGCAAUGUCUUGUGUCUACAGAAGCUGUCUCACCUCUGUGCAACCCCUAUGUAGAAGCAGAUAUGCCCGGAAUGGACCAGGUGUCCAAGAGCAAGGUCCCUGUUCACCUGCCUGAGAAAACCCUUGGGGUCUCUAACCAAGUAUCAGUGGCUGACCCUGAAAAGCAGCAGGAGAUGAUGCCUCAGGUGUUGGAUGAACAAGAGGAGAUGGAGCAAGUACCAUCCAGAGCAAUGAGGUCACUCCCUUCCCAAGCUAAUAGCACGCCCGCGCAUAGCCGAGUGGGAUACGUCAACUGGGCGUUUUCGGAAGGUGAUGAGUCUGGUGUGUUGAGUCUCACAAGACAAUGGCAAUCCUGCUUGCCUUCCACUUGUUCCAGUGACUCCACACAGAGCAAAUCACAAAGCUCAGUGCACACUGGAGGUGGAACACUCUUGGAUAACUCCACAAGACUGGCCUGGAGUAAUGACUGCUCCGAGGACUCCGGCCCAUGGCUCCGACCCAACAUAUCCUUCUGUAUCAAUCCUUUCCGCAGACACCGAUCCCUCAUUCGGAGCCAUAGUUUUAGAUUCCACAAGAAGGAGAAGCUGAUGAAGUUCUGUAAGAUUAAAAGACAUUCAAGAUCCUCUGAGACAGGGUCAUCAUGGAUCAAAGCAAAGAUACUAACCAAGGAUAGAAGACUGUCAAAGAGAAAGACAAAAGCUCAAGCCCUACAAGUGCCAGUCAUCACAGUCAACCCCUGCUGCCAAAGUGACCAAUUAAAUUCUGAUCUGGGAGAAAAAAACAUCUCAGAAGAGGAGUACAGCAAGAAGUGGCUGACAGUCUCCAAAUUUAGCCAGAUAAGUUUAGAACCUUUUAUAUAUCAGAAAAUGAAGACUAAAGAAAUUCAACAGCAUGCUGUACAAGAUAGAAAUUAUAUGAGACAGUCUCAAGAGAAUCUGUCUGAAAACUCCUCGUGGAGCUCCUGGAGCAGCAACCUCAGAAGGAACCUUCUGAGGCAAAGUUCAAGUGGAGAUGACAGCAUCUCGGCCUUCUUAAAAAGCUCCCAAGAGCCUCACCAUCAUUAUUCAGCCAUUGAGAGGAAUAAUCUAAUGAGGCUUUCUCAGACCAUACCAUUCACACCAAUCCAGCUGUUUGCAGGAGAAGAGGUAACAAUCUACAAGCUGGAGGAGAGCUCCCCUUUGAACCUUGAUAAAAGCAUGUCCUCUUGGUCUCAGUAUGGGAGAGCUGCCAUGAUCCAGGUGCUGUCUCAAGAGGAGUUGGGUGGUGGCCUCCGCAAAGCCAUGAGAGUCAUCAGCACUUGGUCUGAAGAUGCCGUUCUCAAGCCAGGACAGGUUUUCAUUGUGAAGUCUUUUCUCCCUGAGGUUGUGCAGACCUGGCACGAAAUCUUUCAGGAUAGUACUGUGCUUCAUCUUUGCCUCCGGGAAAUUCAACAACAAAGAGCUGCUCAAAAACUAAUCUAUACCUUCAACCAAGUGAAACCACAAACCAUUCCUUACACACCAAGGUUCUUGGAAGUUUUCUUAAUCUACUGCCAUUCAGCCAACCAGUGGUUAACCAUUGAGAAAUACAUGACAGGAGCAUUCCAGAAGUAUAACAACAACAAUGGAGAUGAAAUUGUCCCUAGCAACAUGCUGGAGGAGCUGAUGUUAGCUUUCUCUCAUUGGACCUAUGAGUACACUCGAGGGGAGCUGCUGGUUUUAGACUUGCAAGGUGUGGGAGAAAACUUGACAGAUCCAUCUGUUAUAAAACCUGGACACAAACAAUCAAGAGGAAUGGUUUUUGGACCGGCCAAUUUAGGAGAAGAUGCAAUUAGAAACUUCAUUGCAAAACAUCGUUGUAACUCCUGCUGCCGGAAGCUCAAACUACCGGAUCUCCAAAGAAAUGAUUAUUCCCCUGAGAGAAGAAAUUCCCACUUUGGACCUGAGAAGAAAAUAGAACCAGCGGAGGGGCCUUCAGAAAGAGAAUGGAAUAGGAAUUCCAUAGAAGAACUUACACGACUAUAAAAAGGGAUGGGAGAAAGUGGCUUGGUCCUAGACAUUUCUGCUGUGAGCAUUCCAUCUUGAUGGACAUACCAACAUUAACAAGUAAUAUUGAUUUCAUCAGAACUUCUAGCAGGAGACCGUACACCAUGUGCUCUGAGCCUUCAGUGUGUCCAUGUCAAGUGGUCUCAUUGGAAGAUAGCCAACAGGUCUUUCUAGAGAGUGGUCUCUAUGCAGGACAUUGUGCAGGUCAUUUUGCCUGUGUUCUCCAUCCUCCAGUUCCACAUGAAGAAACUUGGACGAGUCAGCUGGGAAUACUGUUCCUUGAUACCUCAUUGCUUUAGCUGGUCACUUGGAACCAUUAGAGCAGAAUUUUGUACACUAAAGAACCAGGGGGUUGAAUUAAUUUAUUUUCUCACUGUGUGUGCAGACUUUUUCCCCCACGGCUACAUCCCCACAUCCACAGAUUGUACCUAUGUAUCUAUAUGUACAUUAAAAAGUCAUUUGACUUCCUUUUCUCUCUUACCCAGCACCAUAAGGCUUUGAAUAGCACAACAAAGGAAAAUAAUGGGAGGAGUGUGUUUGCUCACCCCUGCACUACCAGGGAAAAAUUAAAUCAUACUACAAUUUUAGAUAGAUUUGCAUGUGUCAGCUAAUCAUAUGAUGCCUGGGUAUCUCAGGUCCCUCUGAGAGGGAAAUAAUAAAAAAGGAAUGGGAGGAAUUUACAACUAAUUCUUUGGCCUCUUUUCCUACCCCUUCUCCCUAAGAGAGCAAGCUGCUAGGCACUGAUGGCUCAUGUCUGUAAUCAUAGCUACUCAGGUAGCUGAGAUCUGAGG